GGAGAGUGUUUGUUCUCAAGAUGUUCCAGGAUCCGGCAGUGUGCGUCUGCAGUGGGAGCCGGUAGGGACCGAGGACGAGUCAGGGGCAGAUUUUGCCGUGACUGAUGUGUUGGAGCUUGGGAGAGCUUCAACGGGCCUUUCAGUUGUCUGAUGUUAGGGCCGCUGCAAUAGGAGAGCUGAGGAAGAUUACUCGAUGUACAGGGAAUCGUGGUGGAUAGCAGUUGAUGACUAUCAAGCCUCCAAGUGGGAGAAUGCUAAGGGGACAGGACCACGUGCGCCCACGUGGGGGCAUGCUGCCGAUGUGGUGCGAGAUAUGGAGUUUGAAGAGUUCGCUAUCCCCGAGGACCAACCAGCCGGGGAGACCGGGGGCUCCCAAGCCAAUCCUGCCAGGACUUUCCCGGUCAAUCCAGAGACCGUGGAAAUCCUGGAUGAGGAUGAGCCCCAAGAAGACCGGUCUAAGGGGAAGGAGAAGGAGAAGGCCGGUCGCCGGGUGAAGAAGGUGGCCACCACGCACCCCUCCUAUGCCAAGAAGAGGGCUCGGUCAGAUCCUGAGCCGGCCGGCCAGACCAUCGAAGAGGCCUUCGUCAACCUGGGGCUGAGGCUGAAGGAGGCGGGGGAGAUUGGACCCCUCACAGCCGACCGGCUUGGUUUAGGCUCUCCAUCGGAGUUUGCCCGGCUGAAGAAGGAGAAGGAGGAGAUGGUCCUCAUCUUGAAGAGCCAGGCCGAUGAGCUGAUCAGGCUGUCGGGGUUAGCCGGGUCCAUGAAGACCGAAAUCUCCCAGCUGAAGGAAGAGAAUGGCCGGCUCAUGGAUGAAGUCUCUGAGGCCAAGAGGGAGAUGAUGGAGAAGGAAGAAAACUUCCCCGGGCGCGCAGCCGCCUGGGUUGAGGAAAAUAAGGCCGAAGCUGCCCGGGUUCUGACGGCGAGCCCUGAAGCCACCAUGGAAUCCUUCAGGCUUCUAUACCGGGAGCCUGAAGGAAAGAAGAUGAUCACCGCCAUUGGAUCCUUCGGAUUCAAGUGCGGUCAAAAGAAAGACCGGGCAGCUUCCCACCGGAUCCUCCUGAAGAGAGACCCGGCCUUCACUGCGGCUUCCUACGGCCUGGCUCCUAUCCCAGAGGAAGAGCCCACUCCCCCCUUCCCCCUAGAUUAGGAUCUUCCCGGCUGCGCCCGGUUGUUUUUGUAAAACAUUGAGCAGAAAUUUCCCCGGGUAUGCCCGGCGUAAUUGUAAACAUUU